AUGGAUUCAACAAACGUUUAGGAUAUCUCAUUAGAUUAUUUAUCAGAUUCAUCAAUUGAGAAAGAUAAAGGGAUCUCAUAAACUUUUUAAAAUUAGCAAGAAUUUGAUAAUCUUAAUGAAGAUUUUUAAAAUCUUGAGAUUGUUCUAGAACUAAAUGAUAUUAUGAAUGACAUCUGGAACAUAAAAUUGGCAGAGAAAUAUGAACAAAAAUUGUAACACUUCAGAGACUAUAAAAUAAUUAUAGAUAAGUUGUAUUAAUAUUUCAAAAAUAACAUUGAAAAAACUAAGUUAUUUAUAUAUCUACCAAUCGAUAAAUAAGUUAAAUAUACUGAGGAAAUUGCUGAUUUUUUCUAUUAUUUAUUGAUGAAGGAUGUUAAAAGAAUUUAGGCUAAACAUAUUAUUAAAUUUAUUGAAUAUUCUAAUUAAAAGCCAAUCAAAAUAGAGGCUUUUUAAAUUUUUGCAGAUAAAUGUAAUAUCAGUCUCUCUGGAUACAAUUUGAAUGAUUAUAAAAAGAAACCAGAAAAAACUAGAUAAAUUCAAUAAAAUUACAAAUAAAAAGAUAUAAUAUUAUUUUAAAAAAAUACCAUAACCUUGCUUGAUAUUUUAUAUAGAAAUUAAUAUAUUGAAUUAGGAAUUGCAAUUGAUCUACUAAUGAUAGGUGAUUUUAGUAUUGAAGAGGUUGUUAAUGCAAAGGGUAAAUAAGUUGAGAAAUUUAAUUAAUCAUAUAUUUUUAGAAUUUAUUAACAAACAUUUCUUAAUAUGAACAAAACACUUGAAUUAAAAUUAAAAUGGUUUCAUAAAGGAACCCAAUUGUAAUUAGAUACAUUUCAUGGACAAAAUGUUCAUUUAGUAUCAUUACCAGAAGGAUCUGACAGAAGAUCCAAAUUGACAUAAAGAUUAAAUAUAGCCAAAAAAUAAAUUUAAAGUAAGGGAUAUUAUUAAUAUAAUAUCGAUUAAUUAUCAUUUUAUUCCUACCUUAAGAACCUUAAAGUAGAUUAGAUUAAAUAAUUCUUCAAAGGAUAUAAUCCUGAAUAAUGA